GCCACCGCAAGCUUAUUUCGAGUCCGAAUCGCGCCGGAGACGGUUCUCGUGUACGGUUGGAAGCGGACGAGCAGCGAAACUCGAUAGACAGUGUCUACCACCAGAGCCGGAGAGGUUCUCUCGAUCGAGCUCGACAGUGUAUCGUGACGAAACAGUGCGCCAUACCAGUGUCCAGUGAUCGAGUGCUAGAGCCUAGCUCGCCCCAAUUGUGGCGGUGUGUAGAACAACAGUGAAGAAGUAACAGUGCUGAGAAUUUCUCUCCCUACUAGAGAAGAGAAGCAGCUUAGCCACUAGGCAAAAGUGUACCGUGCGCUUUUCGCGGUGAUCUCUGCGCGGUUUUUUUGUGAAGCGUACUCUAAACAGCAGGCAGGACUAGAGCUGGACCGAGCUCCAACCCAACCGUGCGCCAUCCUACUCCCGCGUGAAACUUCCUCAACUUCCCAAAGCUCACGCCCAAAAAGCAACCAAAAAUGCAGUCCUCAAUGAUGGAGAAGCUAAGCUUCCUGUACAAACCGUACGUGCUGGCGGUGCUGACGAUCGGUUACAUUGCCGGCGAGCUGGGCCACUACCUGAUCGGCGUCACCUCGAAAGCGACCGCCAUCGAGCUGGACUACGGUGAUCAGGCCUGCCAGCAGAACCAUACCGACUUCCUGCGCCACGAGCUGCCGGCCCAGUGCGCGGAGUUUAUCAUCGAACACGAAUGCCACCAGCAGCACAUCAACGGCACAGUCUACUGCGAGUGGAACUACAAUGGGCUCGGGCUGGAGUAUCAGCUGCUGGCCGGGCCGAGCUUCAUUGCCGUGUUUACGGUGAUGGGCGUCGUGCUGGGCGUGGCCGCCGAUCGGUACAACCGCGUGCGGAUGCUGUUCGUGUGCACGCUCGUGUUUGCCGUGGCCAUCCUGCUGCAGGGUACGGUGAAGGAGUACUGGCAUCUGAUACUGCUGCGCAUGGUGAUGGCGGCGGGCGAGGCCGGCUGCAAUCCGCUCGCCACCGGCAUCAUGUCCGACAUCUUCCCCGAGAGCAAGCGGGCCCUGGUGAUGGCCAUCUUUAACUGGGGCAUCUACGGCGGGUACGGCAUCGCGUUCCCGGUCGGCCGUUACAUCACCAAGCUGGACAUCGGUGGACUGGGCUGGCGUGUGUGCUACUAUGGUACGGGUGUGCUGGCACUCAUCAUGGCCGUGCUGACCGGCACGACCCUGCGCGAACCGGAGCGUCAAAGUAUCGGCGAAGAUGCCGCGGGCAAGGCAAAGAUUAACCUGGUGAAGGUGCUGCUGCAGCCGCGCGUGCUGCUGCUGGUGCUUGCCGCCUCGAUCCGCCACUCGGGCGGCAUGACCUUCGCGUACAACGCCGAUCUGUACUACAACAUCUACUUCCCGGAUGUCGAUCUCGGCUGGUGGCUGUUCGCCGUGACGAUCGGUAUCGGCAGCAUCGGUGUGGUGGUUGGAGGCAUCGUGUCGGACAAGGUUGUCGCCAAGAUGGGCAUCCGGUCCCGGGUGGCCUGUUUGGCGAUCAGCCAGCUGCUGGCCACGCCGUUCGCGUUCGGUUCGGUGUACUUCGAGCCACUGUGGGCGAUGAUCACGCUUGGAAUCAGCUAUUUCUUCGCCGAGAUGUGGUUCGGCAUUGUGUUUGCCGUGCUGGUGGAGAUCGUCCCACUGCAGGUCCGAUCGACCACGAUCGGCGUGUUCCUGUUCGUGAUGAACAACAUCGGUGGCAACCUGCCGAUCCUGGUCGAUCCGCUGGCGAAGGCGAUCGGUUACCGCGGCUCGGUCAUGUUCUUCUACGCCGGCUUCUACGGCAUCAGCACGGUGCUGUUCUUCAUCACGAUGUUCUUCAUGGACGGACCGAAGCCGGAGGAGACGGCCGCCACCAUCGGGCACGAUCCGACCAGCCACGCGAACCACGUCGAGAUGGGCCACGAAAACAACACCUUCCAGCCGGACGAUUAUCUGCCGUCGCCGCACGCGAACGGGCAUACCGCCAAUGGGCAUCGCAACAUAGUCAGCGUACGACCAUCGGAAAGCAGCCGUCUGUGAGGGAAAGCAUUCCUAGGCAUUCGAGGGCCAGGCAAAUAACUAUGGGCCACCGGUUCUACACGACGACCUAACUCGCAACGUACCUCUAUCUGGUGUGCCCUGUAGACUGUACAUGUUUUUUUUUUUAUUAUUUUAUUUUAUUGUUUUUCUCUCUCUAAUAAGCGUGCCACGCCAGCCACGAUGGCGCAAUGGCGAGACCUGUUGGGCCGGGCGCAGAAUCUCAGUAGCGCGCAGAGUGGCCAGAAUCUCUCCCAUUGAUUGACUAAGCUUUUGAUAAGAUGUAUUUAUAUAGUAGUAAUCGAUAUCGAUGACAACCACAAUAAUGCGCACAUGCGAGUGAAGAAAGGGGACACAAACCACGACGAACAGAAUUCACACAAAUCCGUUCUUGUAGUUCGUGAUGGAGGUGUCGCGACCGAUUAAGUACAAUUCCCCUCCUCCCGAUAGGAGUACGCUCGCGGCCAAUCUAUCAAUAGAGCUUUGACCUAGGUUAUUUAAGUAAUCAGCUCAAUCACGUGCGUCGCGUCUAAAGCUAAUUUUGUAGAACGUGUGCUACUACUAUCAUUGAUAAAUAAUAAAUCCACCAACGCGCAACACUCCUCCUGGGAUGGAAACAUUUCGGGGCGAUUUUAA